GGAGUGUCUGGCAUCCAUUAUAAAAUAAAUAAGCUUCAUAGAGGCCGUGUAGACAGAGGCAACAUGGUUGCCAUGAUGCUGUUCCUGCUGACCAUAGGUCUGACUGUGCACUCUGUGGGAUGCUAUAUUAAUCAUGAUGUAUGUGCCAAAACAGACAAGCUUUUAGGAUAUUGGUACAUAAUUCGUUGGGCAGGAAAUCUUCCUCUCCCAGAAGCAAAACUGAGAAGCCCACUGCCACCCUUUGUUUUUGCCAAAAACAAAAUUGGCUACUUGGAAUUCAGGAUGAACAUCUCGAAACCCAUUGGGUGUGUUGAGUUCAAGAUGGCCAUGAAUGAAGCAAAGAACUUCCCUUGUUACUUCACACUGUGGAUGUGGCACUAUGUUGCCAUAAAGUUCCUCGGAGGGGAGAACUUUGGUGUGGCCUACUUAAAUAGUAAAACCAAUGAUGUACACCAGAAAAUGGCAAUGCUCAUGGGUGCGUCCUCCCAUACCCAGCUAUGUCAUGUGGCUUCCUGGGGCACUGAUACAGAGUUGCUUGCUACUUUCCUCUCCUUGCCUGUGAGUCCUUUCUGCGGUUUCUGGUUCUCUGUGAGAGGGAUUUGUCAGCCUCAGCAUUCAUAUGAUCACUCCUGUUGUUUCAGACCUACAUCCAAGCACAUCCACUCAUUUUUAGCACCAUUUCUUCACUCUCAGCCAGGCUUUGGUGCACUCCUUCACUGAGUAAAAAUGAAGGUGGGGUCCUUUGUCACUGGGCAUGUUGCUUGUCUACUGGAGACCAGUGCGUUUACCAUGAUAGGAGGAUUGGAUUCCAGUGGGUAGUGACACGACACCAGAGCCCCAUUUAACACCCUGUUGUUUACAAAAUGCCUCCCUAUGGCAACAUAGUUCUGAGAUCCUGAAGUUCCCAGCUCAUUACCAAUUUAACAGAAAAGGCAGAGACCAAUAAGUUAAGUAAGACUCAGAUUUUAGUUGUGACAAGUGCUUGGGAGGAAAAAACUUGAAAUUUCCUUCUUGUUCACUUGGACAGCUUACAGCAUAUAGAAUGGACUAGAGUUAGCAGGGUGUUUCCUAUGAGUCUAGCAGUACUUUCUCUGCUACUUAUAUAACAUUAUAUAAAUGACAUAUCAUACUGCAGUAGCAUGCAAAGCUUGGCACUGCUGAGCAUGCCUGCUACCCAAACACAUCCCUAGAACCCUUGCUCACCAGCUAGCACAGCCAAAAUUUGUUUCAGAUUGAAUUUGAGACUCUUUCUCAAAAAGGUAAUGUGUAGUCCUACCAUCAUCCUCUGAAACAGUGCACAGACAUAUGCAGGCUCAGAGAUAGAUAGAGAUAGAGAUAGAGAUAGAGAUAGAGAUAGAGAUAGA